AUGGCAUACGGCCACAUAAUCCCCACCCUUGACUUGGCCAAGCUCUUCACUUCCCAUGGCCUAAGGGCCACCAUCAUCACCACCCCUCCUUUCGCCCCGCCAGUCGAGCGCGCCCGCUCGUCCGGCCACGACAUCGGCCUCGAGACCCUCGACUUCCCCCCCAAAAACUCCUCCCUCCCCAAAAGCAUCGCCGGCCUCGACCAGAUCACGAGCCCCGAACUCCUUGCCAAGUUCUUCGAGGCCAUGGCCCUCCUGCGAGAUCCGUUCGAGCACCUCCUCCGCGACCUCAACGCCACCUGCCUCGUCUCCGACACGUUCCUCCCCUGGACGGCGGGCCCCGCCAAAGCCCUCGGCAUCCCGAGGCUCGUCUUCCACGGCAUGAGCUGCUUCGCCCUCUGCGCCUUCGAGCAUAUGUGCAUCCACGAGCCGCACAAAAGCCUAUCUUCCGACUCUGACGCUUUUGUCCUUCCCGGCCUCCCACACGAGCUGACGUUUGUCCGGAGCCAGGUUCCAUCCAUGGACGAGAAUAAUCAGUUCUCGAGAGAGAGGGAGAGGAUGAGGGAAACAGAUAGGGAGAGCUUCGGUGUCAUCGUCAAUAGCUUCUACGAGCUCGAGCCGGAUUACGCCGAUCACUACACGAAUGUGCUGGGGUGGAAGGCAUGGCAUGUGGGCCCGCUGCUCCUACCGUGUAGCGACGAAGGGGAUAGGGAGAAGUCGCGGAGGGGAAAAGAGUCGGAUAUCGAUGAGCACGAGUGCCUCGUGUGGCUCGACUCGAAGAACCCCAGCUCGAUCGUGUACGUGUGUUUCGGGAGCAUGGUCACGUUCACGCGGGGACAAUUGCACGAGAUUGCCAUGGGACUCGAGUCAUCGGGCCACGACUUCAUAUGGGGGUUGAGGCAGGGGAACGGAGGAGAAGGGGAUUUGCUGCCGGAGGGGUUUGAGGAGCGGACGAGAGGGAAAGGGCUUGUGAUAAGGGGAUGGGCCCCACAGGUGACAAUUUUGGGGCAUGAGGCCGUGGGGGCGUUUGUGACGCACUGCGGGUGGAACUCGACGUUGGAGGGGGUGUGCGCAGGGGUGCCGAUGGUGACGUGGCCAGCAUUUGCGGAGCAGUUUUAUAACGAGAAGCUGGUGACAGAGGUGCUUCAGGUAGGGGUACCGGUGGGGAGCAAGAAAUGGGAGAGGGUGGGGAUUGAAGGAGUCGGGCGGGAGGCGGUGAGGGCGGCCGUGCAAAAAGUAAUGGCAGACGAGGAGAUGAGGCGGCGGGCCAAGGAUUUGAGGGAGAUGGCGAAGAGGGCCGUGGCAGAGGGUGGUUCGUCGUAUGAAGGUUUGAAAGCGUUAAUCGAGGAGCUUAGGGUUUUUGUGCCUCCAAUUAAAUAG